UACUUUCCCAUGCGGAUGGGGCAGACGCUAGACAAAGGCCGAUACGUGGUCGUUCGCAAACUGGGCUACGGCACCAACUCCAGUGUGUGGCUCGCCAAAGAAGCGAAGUACGUAUCUCAUUACCCUCGACGUCCGGAAACUGAUCAUCGGCUCAUGUUUCCCAGGCCUGACGGGCAUUGUUAUGUUGCGCUCAAGAUGUUGUCAGCGUACGCCACACUCGUCGAGCGCGAAGACCUCAGUCACGAAAUUGCAGUCGCGAAGAGCAUGCACUGA